CUUACCACACACUGGAUUCUCAAUAGCCUGCUACUCUGUCCUGAACCAGUGUGAAGUAGCCAGCAACAUGGCUCGAUAUGAUGGACUUGAGUACGGUCUCCGAUCAGAUCAGACCAAAUCCACAGAGCAGUUGUAUGCUGAUUCCAGAAAGCGUGGAUUCAAUGAUGUUGUUAGAGGCCGAAUAUUGGCUGGAAAUUAUUUUCUUAUUCAAAGUAACUAUGAAAAGUAUUUCAUGAAAGCAAUGAAAGUGAGAAGACUAAUAGCAACCGAUUUCAAAAAUGUGUGGUCAAAAGUUGAUUUGCUGCUUACGCCUGUGACUCUCUCCGAACCUCCGCUCUUGAAAGAAUUCAUAAAACUUGACAACAGAGAACAGUGUUCAACACAGGACUUCUGCACACAACCUGCCAACAUGUCAGGUUGUCCGGCUAUUUCUCUUCCUGUCUGCUUAUCUUCCAGCAAUCUACCAAUCAGUUUACAAUUGAUGGCUCCAAACUUCCAAGAACAGUUACUUUUAUCUGCUAGUCAUUGGUUGGAAAAUGAGCUAGAAUUUCCAAAACUUGAAGUUGUAUAGCUUGAAUUCGUGUAAAUAUAAAUAUGUUAGUGUUAUUUAUUCUGAUAUUGAAUGAUUUCAAAAAAUAUAUUAACAGAUUCACAAAUAAUUUGAUUACUUGGAGAGAACUACAUAGACUUUAUGACAAAAGUAUUUCUCUCCUCAAUUUGAACCAAAAACAAGCUAUCGAGUUACAAUUACAGUAAA